CAUGCAUUGGAAUGGGGAAAACAUGUUGUUAAUAAUGCUGUUUACAUGAUUACAGAAACGGAACACCAAAGCGAUGAUACUUUACUGAUCGCUUUAGCCUCAACGAUUUGUAUUGUCUGCAUUGUCACUGUCAUUGUGCAUAUAGUAGUCCGUCUUUACUGCCGUAAAAGGUCCUCACAGACAAAACCGAGCGAUACCGUCAAAUUUCACAACGAAGGGAAAGUCAAAACAAAGCGACCAUACGUCGACAUGGGCAUACGAGAUCACAGCGAGAAUGGAAACCAACGAGAGACAAGUAGUACCGGUGACAUCUAUGAGGAUGUAGGCAACGCUGAAGAUCUUGGAGCUAACAAACAAGACUAUUAUUACAUAGAUACGCCUGGAGCAGAAAAUGAACAACAUAGUGACAUGUAUAUUAAUACUGAUACCAUCAAUGUCGACCAUGAACCAAGUGUUUCCAUCCGUAAUGAUGGCGAUGAAGAUGUGUACGAAGAAAUUGACAUUCCGUCUACAAGUCGCCUUAACAGUUGAGAGGGGUGUUCAGUGUUGUUUUUAAAAUAUAGUGUAUAUAAUUAUGAUUGCCAUACUUCCUGUAUGGAACCUAUUACCAUAUAGCGAAAGGUUUAGGACCAUUUUCCCAUUGCACUGGAAAUUUUCAUGUAUACAGUAGCAUCCCCCUUGGUAACAAUAAGAACGCUGCUGUUGAUUGAUUAUAUUUCUAUUAAAAAGUCCAACACGGUGUAUGUGUUGGUUUCUUAACAAAAUAACUUCUAAAAGCUAUAGGCACCUGGCACGGCAUUCCCCCCGGUCACAUUAUACUGACAACGGGUGAACCGGUUACGCCUUCCUAUUGAUGCUUUAUUGUAACUUUGUUGAAAUGUCAUAUAACGCUAUUUAAGCAUUCCUGUAUAUAAUAUUACUUAAACGUGUCUUAAUAUUUGUUUCUCAUGCUGUUGUCAGAAAUGUUAAGAGAAAGAUUCUUUCAUAAAAUAAUUACAUCUAGACAGUUGGUUUUCGCUUGAUGUGACUAAAUAGAUUAUCUUAAAUGAAAUGUUAUUGAAAAAUGAUGAUGUAUGUAAGAUUUUUUAUUGAGCAUUUAGAUUGCAUAUGAUUCAUACAAUAUACUAAUAUGAUUAUAUUUACAAAGUCGAAAAGUAUUUAAUGUUUUUGUAUCUAUUUCUUUUAUCUCACCUAGUCCGAAGCAGCUGUGUAGAGCAUCCUUGGACAACGGGUAGUCAAGUUUGGGUAAACAGAGAGUGUGCCCCCCCCACCCCCUUGGUGCAGAGGGGUUCAGCCCAAUAGGGGAAAUUCAGGUUUUUAACCAAAUUAGGUCCAGAGCAUCCUUUGGCAUAGGGAAUGUCAGGUUUAUAUAAGCAAAAGGUGUGGCUAUGGGGAGGGGCAGCAGGGCGGGGCACAAUACAGGAAUUUGAGGUUUAAAAAAAACUCCAUUUCAUGGAAGCAGAAAGGAGGAACCUAAUGUGGGACGGGUGUUGCUGAGAGACAGAGUCAAGAUUUGGAAAUAGUUGCAGUAUUAUAUGUAAUAAGAAUAAUGUUUAUGGUAAUACGGCAUUGGUUACAUGGAAAAAAAAUAGUUGGUUGGCUCGCCCCUUUGGAUCCUCUCAUAACAUGUGUAGAUAGAAGUAGUUUAUCCAUAGUCUUUGAUAAUCAAAUGCAAUAAUAUGUUAAAGUAUGUUUGUUUACUUUUCAAGGAACGAAAAUGGAAUAAGAUAUUUCAAAGUUUUCUUUUGCUUUUAUACUUAGAUAUUUGUUUAGAUAUAGAUAUUUGUAUAGAUAAAAAGCAUGUU